AUGAAGUUUGGACGGCGACGAAAAGUUCAUUUGAGUCGAUUAAGGAUAGUCAUGGGUUCGCUGAAGGCUCUUCAAGACUGGUGUCGAAUCGAGUGCGAGAAUUACCCCAAUGUGGACAUUAAGAACAUGUCCACGUCAUUUAGAGAUGGGUUAGCCUUUUGUGCUUUAAUCCACAAACACCGACCUGAUUUAAUAGACUUCCACUCCCUCUCCAAGGAAAACGUUUAUGAAAACAACCGUCUGGCGUUUGAAGUGGCAGCGUCGAAACUGGGCAUCCCUGCCCUGCUGGACCCUGGAGACAUGGUUGCCAUGGACACCCCUGAUCGUCUGGGCGUCAUCACCUACCUGUCCCAGUACUAUCUCGUCUUCAACAAGCUAACUCAGGUCGGUCCGUUCAGGCUAAAGGUGUCAGAUGUUUAUGUUGACCGCCCCACACACAUGACCAAGAAACAACCUGCAUUUUUUUCGGACCUUGAACCAGCCACGAGCUCAUCAGGAGGGCAGAGCGGUAAAUCUCACCAGAGCGUUGCAGCGCAGCAGAGCGUCUCAGCGCAGCAGAGCGUCGCAGCGCAGCAGAGCAUCUCAGCGCAGCAGAGCUUCGCAGCGCAGCAGAGCGUCGCGGCGCAGCAGAGCGUCGCUGCGCAGCAGAGCGUCGCAGCGCAGCAGAGCAUCGCAGCGCAGCAGAGCGGUGGCAGCAGACUGACUGGGGAGUGUGUCUCCUGCAAAAGGCAUGUCCACCUGCUCCAAAGACAUCUGGUGGACGGCCAGCUCUAUCACCGGAUCUGCUUCAGAUGCAGGCUGUGCAGAAAUACCUUGCUACCUGGUUCCUACAGAGAGGGUGAAGAUCCUGGCUCAUUGGUCUGCUCCCAUCACUGCUCAGCCAUUGAGAGCUCUCACCCUGACCUCAGCAGACAGGAAGAGGCGGGAUCAACGGAACUCCUCCCCAAAGUAGUAACACAGGAAGUGACAUCCCAACGCGACGCAAGGUCGCCCCCUCAUGCAGAAAUACCCCCCUGGGAGGUGGCUGCUAGGUGCACUGAUCCCUCUCCAGCACCGGGAGCCACGUCUGCUCCACAGGGGGGUAGCAGUCGGCCGGUACCUGCCCCCAGACGCAUGCUGGACUCCUCCACCGCCCCUCGUCCUGCCCCCAGGACCCGCGCUGGUAAAGCCUUGGACAACUCUGUUGCGGGCACGUCAGCUGAUCAAAACCAAUCCCCACCCAGUCCUAGUUCUGCCGAUGGAAGCUGCAGACCCAAGGAUCAUCCCUGGAAGGCAAUUAGCAACCCUGGACCCUGGACCAGGCUACCGCCAGCCCCAUCCCCUAACAAACCCUCCCACUUCAGCUCCCUGUCACCCCUGCAUGGAACCGGGGAAUGGUUCUGGAAGAAACCGGCCCCAGGAAACCCCUUUGGAGAACAAGAGGAUGAGGAGGACGACACUGAUGAUGAAGGUUCCAGAAUAGGUGCAGCGGGCCACAGUCAGAACUCCAUGGCAACCAGUCAGUCAUGGAGUGGCGCCCGUUUUUUAGCUAAAGCAGCUAAAAGCAGUGACUCAGCCAGCGCUGGUCCAGUAAGCCGUGAGGACGCCAGAAUACCCGCUGGUCACGGGUCAUGUCCUGCCGGAACUGGUGCCAAAGCCAAGUCAGCUGUACCAGGCCAAGCAGCAGAGGACACUGGCCCUAACAAGCUGGGCCAGUCAGGAUCAGCUUUACCAGGGGCAGUCGCUCACACAGCAAGAGGUGGAGCUACGGACACAUGCACAGCAGCAGGUGGAUCUGCUUUGCUUGGCUUACCUGGAGCAGCGUCAGGUAGCGACCUCGAAGGACCCACAACACACAUCACUGCCUUGGAGGUUCUUGAUGAGGUUGAACAAGCUAGAUCACAGGAAGUACUUAGAUCACAGGAAGUGCUUGGCGUAUCCCAGGCUGGUGGUCGAGAUCGUUCUGCUGGACCAUCGGCCCGACCUUUCCCCAAGAGUAAGUCAGUGCCUGCCAUCACUCCUGCUUGUCUCAGCCCCACCACACCAGCCAAUGGGGGGGCAGAAAAUCUCUCAGAAGCAACCAAUGAUAUUGAUCCAGCAUCUGCAGUGCCUCACAGUAAGGCCUGUAAAGAGAACCUAUUGGACGGUGAACCCCCACCUUUCGGCAUACCAAAAUCCAAGACGUUCCAGGUAACCACAGCAACGCGUGCUCCUGCCCCCGGACAUGGCUUCCCCCUCAUCAAGAGGAAGGUGCAGACGGACGGUAUGUCGCCGGUGAGGCAGUAUUGGGGGGAGAUGAUAGAGCUGGACAAAACAAUGUUCAUCCUGGAGAGCAGAGGGGUGGAGCUGGAGGGCAGGCUGAGAGGCUGCGUCAGUGACCAGGAUGAGGAGGACAUGCUGGUGGACUGGUUCAGGCUGGUUCAGGACAAGCACAUGCUGGUGCGGAGAGAUGCUGAGCUGGUCUACCUGACGAAGCAAAAUUAUUUUGAAGAGAGGCAGGCCGAUGUGGAGUACGAACUUCGGUGUCUUCUCAACAAACCUGAGUCGGAGUGGAGUAAGGACGACCGCAACCAAGAGCAUCAGCUGAUGGAUGAGCUGGUGACCGUCAUCGAACAGAGGAAUCAGAUCAUCAACAGCUUGGAGCAGGACAGACAGAGAGAGAAAGAAGAAGAUCUUCUGUUGGAGGCCAUGAUUAGGAGGAAAGAUUUUCAAAAAGAGGGAGAGAAAAAGAAGAAGUCCAAAGUGAAGUUCAAGCCCUUGAAGGUUCUGAAGAUGCUUGGCCGCAAAGCAGAGGACUCCAAGACCAAGGACUCCCAGAAGAAGAACUGACAGAGAGGAAUCUUUUAUCCAUCAUGGACGUGGAAAUUCUCCGAUUUCUUUUACAUAUUCUCAGAAUGUAUUUAGCUUUGUCAUAAAGGGCCUUUCUGCAAAACCAAAAUGAUCCAGAAGUGGGCAGAUACCCUUGAUGAAAUGGAGGUCCAGGCUUCAAACACUGAAACAUUUCCAUAUUACCACUUAUGAGUAUUGACUAACUUCUUAUAUCUAGAAUAUGUUUGGUCAGGUGACCAGAGCAGAUUUUAAUUAUUUCCUUUAUUGACAGACAUAAAAGGAAUGAUAGAGUUGAGUGUUAAUUAAAUGCUGGAUACAGUGGGAUAUUGUAUCAGUACCUUUUUUUUGUUUUUCUUCAGGUAACAAC